AUGCAGGGACCGUUACCCCUAACAGUCACAGGCAAAGUCCAGUACAUCAGUACUUCGGUAAUGGGGACUCUUCCGAGAGCGGCACGCGAGCUUUCGAAGUUCCCCGAUCUACAAGAAAAGGCCAAGCACGAAUACGAACGGUUCAAGAACUGGGUCGUCAUUUCCGGCGCGGAAGACUAUGAUCACGAGAACUAUCUCAACAACCUUGAGCAUCGCGUUGAGUAUCAGCAGAUCAACGACCUGCUCCAACGACUGCACGUGUUCAGCUACGAUGUUGAGUACAAAAUUAAAACCCACAUUUACGAUGCGCGGUACAAUCAAGACUACCUCCCUAGGGAAAUGAGAAGACGAGAGCCUAAAAUGAGUGACGCGGAUUUCAAGGAGUUGGUUAUUUCCAGGUACAUGGCCAUUGAGAGGCUCAUCGAUGAGUGUUAUGCUUUCAAGCCGAUCGUCUACUAG